UUUUUUUUCUUUUCUUUUCUUUUUUUCUUUCUUUCUUUCUUUUCAUCUUCAUUAUAUUUAUAAAUAUAUAUCAUGAAAAAUUUUACUGUUGAAGUGGGUCCUCCUCAACCUAAUGGUGGUCGUAUUCGUCGAUCUAUUCUUGCUCCUGAUGCUGUGGUUCGCGUUCCUGAUACCAAUGUUCAUACUCUUUAUGAUGUACUUCAAAAUAGUGUCAAGAAAUAUGGUGACAGAAAAGCUUUUGGUAGUCGUCGUUUGGAAAAAAUGGUGGAAGAAGAAAAGGAAGUAACUAAAUUUAUUAAUGGUGUUGAAACAAAGGAAAAGAAAACUUGGAAAUACUUUCAACUUUCUCCUUAUGAAUACAUUACUUACAAAGAAGUCUCAGAUCGUGCUCAUGCUAUUGGUAAUGGUUUUGCUGCUCUAGGUUUAGAUCCAAAGGCAAAAGUGGAAAUCUUUUCUGGAACAAAUAUGAAUUGGUUAUUGACUGCUCAUGGUCUUUUUACUCAAAAUAUGACCAUUGUUACUGCUUAUGAAACUCUUGGAGAAGAUGGUUUAUUACACUCUAUGAAUGAAGCUGAAGUACAAGCUAUUUAUACUACAUCUGAUUUAUUACCUGUUGUCUCUCGUGUUGCUAGCAAAUGUCCUAGUUUAAAAUAUGUAGUUUAUUCUGGUGAUAUUAAUACUGAACUUGCUUCUUCCAUCAAAUCUGCUCAAAUUCAAGAUGUUGUGACUUUGGAUGAACUUAUGGAAACUGGCAAGAAAUUCCCUCGUGAACCUCGUAAACCUGAACCUGAAGAUUUGUGUUGUAUCAUGUAUACAAGUGGAUCUACUGGUAAUCCAAAAGGUGUUUGUAUUUCUCAUAAAAAUAUUGUAUCAGCAAUUGCUGGGGUUAAUAUCUUAUUGGGUCGUGUUGUUUCUACAAGUGAUAGUAUGAUGGCUUAUCUUCCAUUGGCUCAUGUAUUGGAAUUCACUGUUGAAAAUGCUUGCGUUUUUUGGGGUGUCACUUUGGGUUAUGCGUCUGUGCGUACAUUGACUGAUGCAUCUGUACGUAACUGCAAGGGUGAUAUCAAGGAAUUUCGACCUACAUUGAUGACUGGUGUACCUGCUGUAUGGGAAUCUAUUCGAAAGGGUAUUUUGAAUAAGAUUAACUCAGCUUCUCCUAGUGCGCAAAAGAUAUUCAACAAGGCUUAUUCGACUAAAUCUUGGUUAUUUGAAAGAGGAAUGCCUAGCAAGAUCCUGGAUACUGUUGUAUUUAGUAAGAUUCGUGAACAAGUAGGUGGUCGUUUACGUUUUGCUCUCUCUGGUGGUGCUCCUAUCUCUUUGGAAACUCAAAAGUUUUUAUCUGUCUGUAUCUGUCCUAUUUUAGGUGGUUUUGGAAUGACUGAAAGUUGUGGUAUGAGUACUGUGAUGGCACCUGAUCAAUUUGGUUAUGGACAUGUUGGUGCUCCUGUUCCUUGUUGUGAAAUCAAAUUAGUAGAUGUUCCUGAUGCCAAUUACUAUUCUACCAAUUUCCCUAAACCUCAAGGAGAAGUCUGGGUACGUGGUCCUUCUAUUACUAGUGGAUAUUUCCGUCAAGAUAAACUCACAAAGGAAACAGUUACAGAGGAUGGAUGGUUACAAACAGGAGAUAUUGCUGAAUGGAAUGAAAAUGGUACACUCUCUAUCAUUGAUCGCAAGAAGAAUUUGGUGAAGCUCAGUAACGGUGAAUAUAUUGCCUUGGAAAAGCUGGAAUCUGUGUACAAGAGCUGUCUAUUUGUCAACAAUCUCUGUGUCUAUGCUGAUUCUCUCUCUGCUAAACCUGUGGCUUUGGUAGUACCUGUGGAAGCUUCUGUACGUAAAUGGGCUACUGACAACAAUGUGGCUGAAAAGGAUUGGGAAAAACUUUGUUUGGAACCGAAUGUACGAAAAGCUGUAUUGUCUGCAUUGCUUGCUCAAGGAAAAGAAGCUGGUUUGAAACCUGCUGAAAUGUUAUUUGAUAUCUUUUUAUGUCAUGAAGAAUGGACUACAGAUUCUGGACUUUUAACGGCGGCUCAAAAGAUUAAACGUCAAGACAUCAAUAAACGUUUCAAAGAACAACUCGAUACCAUGAAUAAAUCACAAAAAGUUUAGUUUAGUUUCCUUUUUCUUUUUUAUUAUUAUUUUUCUUCCUCUUUUAUAUUCAUCAAUUUACUAAUAAUAAUAUUAAUAAACGCUUAUUUUUCGAAAUUGAAGAUUUG